AAUGUACUCUAGAGAGAUGUAAUAAGAAUUAGGUGUCAGAGCUGUGGGACUAAUUGCGAAAAAAAAACAUUUCUGAAUGUACUCUUUGGCCCAUCACAAUACGGGUUUACGGUGUGCACUUUCACGUGAUUUUUUUUUCAUUUUGAAAAUCAGUUUUUAACAUUUUUAUUAUAUUGAAAUACAGUACUAGAUGAUAUUACUUUUUCCAAGUCAUCUAAUGUCUCGCAACAAACCAAUCUGGUGUUGACUUGAAUGUGAUGAUCCCGCCAGCCAAUGAAGGAAGCCGAGAGAAAUCUGGCUCCUCCUUUUGCCUCGCUUCCAGUGACAGUCGACAGUGACAAGCUAGUAAACUUUCGAAGACUUCGUGAAUUAUUUUUUUGGGUUACUUCCCCCACUGAAUCGUCUCUAUUUACUCUUAUGAUAGAAUGAGAAGGAAUCAUGGUGGUGAAUUCAGUUCACUGGUUUCGCAAAUGUCUUCGUUUACACGAUAAUCCGGCGUUGCAGGAGGCCCUCAAUGGAGCGAAUACAGUCCGUUGUGUUUAUAUCCUUGACCCGUGGUUUGCUGGCGCCGCCAACGUGGGAAUCAACCGAUGGAGGUUUUUGCUGGAAGCGCUGGAGGACUUGGAUUGCAGUCUGAAGAAGCUCAACUCCAGAUUGUUUGUUGUCAGAGGGCAGCCUGCGGAGGUUUUUCCAAGACUUUUUAAGGAAUGGAAGAUGACAAGGUUAACAUUCGAGUACGACCCAGAGCCAUAUGGGAAGGAGAAGGAUAGCGCCAUUAUCAAGAUGGCCCAAGAGUUUGGGGUUGAGACUAUUGUCAGAAACUCUCAUACCCUCUACAACUUGGACAGGAUAAUAGAGAUGAACAAUAACAGCCCUCCUCUGACCUUUAAGCGGUUUCAAACCAUUGUGAGCAGACUGGAGUUGCCCAGGAGACCACUCCCUUCCAUCAACCAAAAGCAGAUGGACAAAUGUCACACUAAAAUAACAGACAACCACGACCAGCUUUACAGUAUACCUUCACUGGAAGAAUUGGGAUUCAGGACCGAAGGUUUGCCCCCAGCAGUGUGGCAUGGAGGAGAGUCCGAAGCAUUGGACAGACUCAACAAACAUCUAGACAAAAAGGUGUGGGUGGCUAACUUUGAACAUCCUCGGGGGAACUUAUGUUCACUGUAUGCCAGUCCAACAGGACUGAGUCCUUACUUGCGCUUUGGUUGCCUGUCCUGCAGGGUCCUCUACUACAACUUGAGAGAGCUCUACAUGAAGCUCCGAAAGCGUUGCAGUCCUCCUUUGUCCCUGUUUGGUCAACUGUUAUGGAGGGAAUUCUUCUACACUGCUGCCACCAACAAUCCAAACUUUGACCGUAUGGAUGGAAACCCAAUUUGUGUUCAGAUUCCAUGGGAUCAAAAUCCAGAAGCAUUAGCCAAAUGGGCUGAGGGCCGGACUGGAUACCCCUGGAUUGAUGCCAUCAUGACCCAGCUCAGAGAGGAGGGCUGGAUCCACCGCUUGGCUCGGCACGCUGUGGCUUGUUUCCUCACCAGGGGUGACCUGUGGAUCAGCUGGGAGAGCGGCAUGAAGGUGUUUGAGGAGUUGUUACUGGAUGCAGACUGGAGUGUAAAUGCUGGCAGCUGGAUGUGGCUGUCUUGUAGUGCCUUCUUCCAACAGUUUUUCCACUGCUACUGUCCUGUUGGUUUUGGAAGAAGAACUGACCCAACAGGAGAUUACAUCAGGCGCUACAUCCCCAUUUUAAAGGACUACCCAAAUCGCUACAUCUACGAGCCCUGGAACGCUCCAGAGUCAGUCCAGAAGGCGGCAAACUGUAUGGUGGGGGUGGAUUAUCCGAAACCAAUGAUCAACCAUGCAGAGAGCAGCAGACUCAACAUUGAGAGGAUGAAACAAGUUUACCAGCAACUCUCACAUUACAGAGGACUCAGUCUGCUUGCGUCAGUACCAACAAUCCAGGAGGAGGCAGAGCCACUGAUGACUGAUGAGUCUCAGACCAGUAGUGGCCCCGCCUCUCCCUCCAAAUUUCUUGAUGAAGCAGCUGGCUGCUCUAUAGCUCCUGAUUCAUCCACAAUAUGCACAUCUUCCAACACUGGUGUACUUGCGGAACAGGAGAGGAGUGCAAUAAGAGGCUUAUCCCAUACAUCUGCCAACUCUUCGGACUCACAUAUGCCCGCUUCUGCAGCCACAACACGUGCAGACCAUUCAGCAGCUAUAGCGUCUCCUCCUUCAUUAGUCUCAACACCAGCACAGACUCCCUUAACGUCCACAACGUGCAUGCCGUCCUUAUUGUGUUCCACAUCUUCUAGUCCAGCCACAACUCAAACAUCUUUGGGACCAAGAAGAAAAGGUUCUACCCGUAAGGUACGUCGUGGCCAGAGGCAGCGAGGACGACACAGCUGCCAUGCAGUAGCCAUAGAGGGAGAGAGGAGAGGUGACGAGGAAGAGGCAGAGCCAGGAGGAGGGAAAGAAAAGAUGGAAGAAGGUAUAGAGCCGGAGGAAGAGAGAAUGGAGGAAGAGACUCAUGCAGAACAUCCUCAGAAAUACACGGUACAAUAAAACAUUCAUUGCGUCUGCAAACAUGUCAAAAUAGUGAUAAAAUGUUAAAGUUUGGAGCUCCAAAAAUUAAAUACUUGUUUGUAAACAACACUUCACAGUGACUCGAUUGACCAAAAAAUUCCAAAUUGCGUUUUCUUGUUUUGUCUAUCUUUCAGGAAUAGUAACAUCUGACAUCCAUCCUGGGAAAACUGGACAAAAACAAUUGAGGUUUUGUGGUUAUGUGGAUAAUAUGCCCUCACAGUUUAUAGCAGAGGAACAAAUGCACAAUGUAAUUACAUCCAGUGCAAUAAUUAUACCCAUAAUUCUGCCUUUUUUUUUUUUUUAAUACAAAAUUUCAGUUUUGAUUACUACUGAGAAAGUAUUCGACUCAGCUCGUCACAUUGAGUUCCAAUUGUUUUGCUUUUAUAUUAAAAAAUCUUGUUUGUGCUCCAGCCUACAUGAUCCAAUUCUACGUCACUGCAAACAUAACAUAAUCCUUCUUAAUAAAUGGUGGGCUAUUUUUGUAAGGGCAGUUAUAGUGAAACACAUCAUUGUAUUAGAUCUAAUUAGAUUGUGCAGGUGGGCCGAAUUCAAUGUCCAGUGAGUGUGUACACAAGAUAUCUGGAAGUGGAAACAGUAAAACACCAUUUUACGUGAAACUUGAAUAUUUUGGUCUAAAGUAAUGGGACAGUGCAGAGAUAGGUGUAUGCGGAAGUGAAAGAAGUUAUCAACUGUCAUGUUAAAAAAAAAAAAAAAAAAAGGAUUUGGAUGACUAGAAUGUUUAAAUGAAUUUUAAUUCAGUGAUUCAAGCAACAGGCACCAUAUUGUAUUGUGAUAUAGCCUUAUUUUACAAUACAACCUUGCAUUGUCAGCUGCAGCAUCUAUCUGCUUUCUUCUGCUUCUAUUAACAAUUUGGUCUAAACCAGAUACAAUGGGAUCACCUGAUUUGUGUGUGGAAUUCAACCCAGAGGAAUGACAAUUCUUAAUUAACUUACAAAAUAUACAGUACUGUUCAACAUAAUAGCAG